AUGAAUCAUGAUCUUCAUAGGGAGCAGGAUCAUGAAAAUAUUAACAGCAGAGAUGCUCAGCAGGUUGACUUAUUUAACUUAAUUGGGGGAAGCUGGCCACCAGCGCCAAAAGAGCCUGAACAUCCUGAGUAUGGAUCAGUGCCCAGAAGCUAUAGACACACUAUGCAGCAUAAAAGUAAUGAUCGAGUGAAGUCUAUGAAUCUUAUAAACCAUAUAGCUCCAGAUAAGAGGAAAAAUAAGCCUACAACAUCAUCUAACUCAAGUACUACAGAAUCUACACAUAUCACCAAAAUGGUACAUGAUACAAAAAAAAUUGAAACCGGUCUAUUAGUGGAUGUGUGCAGCAAUGAAGCUCCGGAAGAGUUUUACGAUUCUCCUUCACUAGGAUCACCCCGAGCGGUCCCUCCCAAGCCUCCAAGUUCUCCCGAACACUUGCAAGAUGAUAUUGGAGUCGGUUCACUUGUAGAAGUUGCCACAGAUGUCGACCAAAACUAUUAUGGAGUGGUCAGAUGGAUUGGCCUUAUUGAUGACAUAGCCACAGCAGGUGUAGAGCUAGAACAAAACGUGUGUGGCUUAGGCGACGGCACCCACAAGGGCUCGCGGCUGUUCACGUGCGGCUCGGGACGUGCACUGUUCGUACCGUUGCCACUGUGCCGCCGGGACGCACGCUUCCGUGAUACACCGCCGCCUGAGCCCCACCAUGUGGACCACAGUGAUCAGCCAGACUGUCCCGUGGUCCCCGGGGUGGUCCCCCCGCUGGACUCGCUGGGCGAGCUGGCGGGGAAGAACCGCGGCAUCCAGGGGCACCAUAACUCGUGCUACUUGGACGCGACGCUCUUCGCAAUGUUCACCUUCACCAGCGUCUUCGAUGCUCUGUUGUAUCGCCCGCCCGAACCUGAGGACUCGCCGCACUACUCGGAGGUGCAGCGCGUGCUGCGCGAGGAGGUGGUGAACCCGCUGCGGCGGCACGGCUACGUGCGCGCCGACCGCGUCAUGAAGCUGCGCACGCUGCUCGAGCGCCUCUCCGACGUGCCCGGACUCACCUCCGAGGAGAAGGAUCCGGAGGAAUUCCUGAACGGGUUGGUAGCCCAGCUGCUGCGGGCCGAGCCGUUCCUGAAGCUGUCGUCUGGACAAGAGGCGUAUUGCUACCAGCUGUUCGUGGAGAAGGACGAGCACGUGACGCUGCCGAGCGUGCAGCAGCUGCUGGAGCAGUCCUUCGCCACCUCGGGGGUGAAGCUUAGCGAGGUUCCCGCAGCUUUUAUCAUUCAAAUGCCUAGAUUCGGCAAACAGUAUAAGCUAUAUCAACGAGUGCAGCCAUCUCCAUUACUGGACGUCACUGAUCUUAUUGAAGGAUUGCCGCGGCAGUGCACGGUGUGCGGCGCGCUGGCGCGCUGGGAGUGCGGCGCGUGCGCGGGCGGCGCGCUGGACGCGGGCGCGCUGUGCGCCGCCUGCCUGCGCCUCGCGCACGCCGCGCGCCCCGAACACAAGGCGACACCUCUGCAAGUGUGCGAGGAGUACGCCAACAUCCUGGAGUCGUGUCCCAUCCCGCGCGUGUACAUGGAGCUGUUCGCGGUGCUCUGCAUAGAGACCAGCCACUACGUCGCCUUCGUCAAGACCGGCGCCGCGCACGACGCGCCCUGGUGCUUCUUCGACUCUAUGGCCGAUAGGAAAGGCGAGCGCAACGGCUACAACAUCCCGGAAAUAGUGGAAGUGUCGAUGUUGAGCGCGUGGCUGAGCGAGGAGGGCCGCGCGCUGCACGCCGCCGCGCCGCUCGACCGCCACCUGCCCGCGCCCGCCAAGCGCCUGCUCGCCGACGCGUACAUGUGCUUCUACCGCAGCCCCGACCUUGCCAUGUACAGA